AACCCAACCGGAGGAAAUUCCUCCGCGCAGCGCGCCAUUGACUGUAAAGACCUUUCAACUUAACAAAAACUGAAGUUGACAAACGUAUCCCUGUCGGCUGAAACUGUGAGAAAGAGUUUGUUUUUUCGGCGAAGGGCGCAACGCAGUAGAAGACGAUGCGGCACCCGGAGGAGGUUUCUCAGUACGUUUGUGGUUUUCUGUAAACGAGCGACGGCUGUACCGCGGCGUUUUGUUUUGAUUUCCAUGUGAAAUGCAAUUAGUGCUCCGCGGUGCUCGCUAGUUUGGCUCGCGGAGCGGAGCACACUCUGAACUUGUUUCUUGCCUCGGGAGCACAACAUGGAGCAUUACCAGGAAGAUUUGGGACUCCGGACCAGUAAAUUGAUGGAGGACCUCUCCUUGUAUGAUGCCUAUAAAGACGGGAUGUACAAUGCGAGGAGAGAUUUGGUGAUUAAUCCCGAUUUGGACUUUUCGGCUCCGACGGUAUCGGAGCAUAAAAGUAAGCCAAUGAAUGGUACCUCUGUGCUUCACCAGCAGCAUCACACAGUGGAGAAUUUCACGUCUGGGAAUAAAGUGUACAACGCGGCUCCGGUGCGCCCUGUGAAUUGCAGCCGGGCCGUUCCUGUGGAUUUUUGUGCCCCUCAAAGAGACGCCGUUUAUACUGAGGAGAGCUGUUGCACCAAAUCCGAAGUGGCUUUGCCGUGCUACACGGGCGCUUCCGAGAGGCACAGGAGAUACUCUCUGGAGGUGCAGGGCCACAGGUACAGCACCGGCUCCGCCUUCGACGGCGUGCCUCUCAACAAGCCGGUGGCACUGCCCGGCAACAGGUGCAACAGUGUCUGCAUAACCAGCAGCCACGACGGGAGGUAUAACGCCACUAGUCCCCGGUCCAGCUUAGCAUCUUCCCUGUCCUCUCAAGAGCAGAGCAAGCAUGCCAGCCCGAGGUCGAGCAUUAGCAGCCCGCGCACUAGUUUGGUGGUACCGGGUCAGGACAGGUACACGAGCCCGAGGUCUAGUUUAGUUCACUGCGAGGGCAACAGCGUCCUCAGUCCCAGAUCCAGCUAUGCAAGCACCGCAAGCGACACGAGUAAACACUCCAGUCCCCGGGCCAGCCUCAACAGCUGUGACUGCUGCAGCAAGCCCAGCAGCAACCGCACCAGCGGCAUCAGCAUGGGCUACGACCAGAGGCACACCAGCCCCAGGUCGAGCACGGCGAGCCAGUACUCCUUCACUACCAGCCCGAGAUCCAGUUACUCUGACUCACGGUACGGGCCUGUGGUCAACCAUGAUUUCGAGGGAGCGAUUUUACACGCAGCGCCGCUGGCGAGUCCUCGUUCGAGCAUCUGCAGCCAGGACGGGAGCGCAAGACCGGGGACCACCGCAAACUGCGUGGCCAGCCCCCGGUCCAGCAUCUCCAGUCACAGCUCCAGAAGUUCCCGCAGCUCCAGGGGUUCUAUGAGCACCUACCCGGAUCUGCAGCUGCCUUCGCCCAGGUCAUCGAUGCUGGGUAGCGGUCUACACGAGGACACGCUGCUGCAGGAGUUUGGAGACACCAAUGGGAUCCAAAAUCGCAUCCAUCUCCAGGGGCUCUCGGCGGUGCCAGAGCCCCAGCAGCCGACCCAGACGGGAGGAGCUGUGGAGAUGACCGCGGGGUCGCCCUCGUCGUUUAGUUAUGGGAUGUCCUCAAAAACGGCUUCCUCGAGUCAGAGGUUUAAGCUACCUUACCAGGUGACCCCCAGCCGAGAGAGUGGACCAAGUCAGGCGGAGAGGCGGCUGGAGGCGCUCACCUUGGAGCUGGAAAAGGAGUUAGAGAUGCACAUGAAAAAGGAAUACUUUGGUAUCUGUGUCAAAUGUGGGAAAGGUGUGUAUGGAGCCAGCCAAGCCUGCCAGGCCAUGGGGAACCUGUAUCACACAAACUGCUUCACUUGCUGCUCCUGUGGAAGGAGGCUGCGAGGGAAAGCGUUCUACAACGUCAACGGAAAGGUCUACUGUGAGGAAGAUUUCCUGUACUCUGGUUUCCAGCAGACGGCUGAUAAGUGUUUCGUGUGUGGUCACCUCAUCAUGGAGAUGAUCCUCCAGGCGCUAGGCAAGUCUUACCAUCCUGGCUGUUUCCGCUGCGUGGUGUGUAAAGAAGGUCUAGAUGGCGUGCCUUUCACCGUGGACGUUGAGAACAACAUCUACUGUGUCAAAGACUACCACACGGUUUUUGCUCCCAAAUGUGCCUCCUGCAACCAGCCCAUCCUCCCAGCCCAGGGCUCCGAGGAAACCAUCCGGGUCGUUUCUAUGGACAAGGACUACCAUGUGGAGUGUUACCACUGUGAGGACUGUGGUCUCCAGCUAAACGACGAAGAGGGCCACCGCUGUUACCCACUGGAAGGCCACCUGCUCUGCCACGGCUGCCACAUCCACCGGCUCCAGCCGCAGGUCCCUGCCCACCUGCCCCCCAGCUACCCCCUCCAUGUCACCGAGCUGUGACGGGGAGGAGGGUGGGCAGCAACCAAGCCCUGCCUCCCAGGUGAUCGGAGACACUAGCGGCGGGAAAAGAAGGCCUGCACCCCCUCCAGCAGUUCCAGGGAAGCCUCAGUGUGGCCGUCUGAGCUACUGCCCCUGUCCUCAUCUGGAUGGCCAGGCCGUGGACUAACUCACUCAGUGCAGCUCCCACCACAAGACCCUGCUGUCACAUGACAGGACUGGGGAAAAAAAAAAGGGUCCCCCCUCCGCCUCCAUCUGUGGUCCUUUUCUCCCCCCUUCCCCCUGGGUGCCUAACCCUGAAAGCCAACACGCCGGCUCACCCAGAGGCCCCCGGUGACGUCACACAGCCUGACCCCUGCACAUUCAUCAAAGAGAGGGGUUUUGGAUCGGAGGAGAGGACGCAAACUCAGUCUCUCUCCUUGCUUCCAUCUCUUCCUUUCCAUGUUUUUUUGUUUUUGUUUUUUUUAUUCCUGUGCUGUGACUGAAGCGGUUUACUGCAGUGAAUUCACCAGUGCUAAGAAUGCUGCUGAUGUCGGUGUCAGGGAGGCCAGGGAACGAGCCACUACAUUCCAGUGCUGGCCUGAAGGGACAGACCCCAGGGUGGCCAUGCUGUGCCUUCAGAGCGGGCUCUCUCCGUGCAGCUUCUAACACUGAAAUGGAGUCCUGCUUAAAGGCUAUGCAAAGGACACCCAGCACCAUGACACAGGGCUGCGAGAAAAACUAAAAACUAAUCGCCCGUCGUCACCCUGCACCACCACGAAAUAGCAGAUGCACCGUAGCGCCACAAGCCCAGAGGACCAACUGACUUUCCACUUAGAAGUCUUAGACCAAGACCUCCAGAGAUUCACAAGCAGUGUCUUAAUUAAUGAUCAUAUUAUGACAGAAAAAGAAAAUUUUAGAUGCACAUAGAAUGUCUUUUAUAUAUGAAUAUAUAUUUUGCAAAUGUUUUCCACAUAAGAUCAUAGAUGUAGAUUCUCAUUUUUUUUUUUUUCUUGUUGAUGCGCUCACAAUAGAUUCAGAGGUGAAACAUGCUGUCUGUCAUGCCGUCUGAAGCCUCUGAAGAUUUUAGGGUCUGUUGUAUCAUUUCUCCUCCCUGACGCAGAGCCUCUUCAUGUCUGUGUGGGUCACAGAUCCACUGGCUUUGUAUGAGCAGACCUGGCUCAAUUAGUAUUUGCCAUGAAUUCCUUCAAUAAUCUUUUCCCACUUUAAGUACCAAAUGUUUAGUUUUGGCAACGGAUGUGUUCCUUUUAGACCACAUAUCCCGUCCCUCUACUCACUGUAGACAGCUGUAACACACACUAACAGUCCGACAUUUCUGCAUACCUUAAAUGUCACUGUCUUUGGUUAAACCUCAAGCAGUGUAUUUAAUUGUAAAGACAAGUUACUGAAAAGUAUAAGUGAAUUGAAAAAUAAUUUUGACUAUUUAACUGGAUAGAUCUUGAUCACUCUGUAUAUCUGUUUUACAGUUCACGGCUGCACUCUGUGUUUUUAAACAUACAAGCUUAAACGGAGCAGUAAUUGAAGUUCUAUGUAAUGGCUUGUAUUUUAGUUUUACGUAAUUCCCACAAGAUGUUAACAAUGCAUUUAUGAAUUGCGAAUUCUGGCCUGUCAAGGGUGCCAAGUUAUUACACAAAGCUCUAAGAAUAAGAUUAAAUUAAAUAAAAAAGAAUUUAGCUAGUAAUUGGUCUUUAAAUACAUAGAUACCAAAUGCUAGCUCAUGACUGAGAAACAGAGAUGUUAACAGAGAUGUUGCCCAAAAUAAAGUGUAUAAGUAAAAUAAGUAUAUUAUUAAGCUCUAUGGUAUUUAACUAUGAAAAGGCAUUUAAAAACUCUGAUCGAGGCUAAACAUCUGCAUGUUAAAGAUGAUAGAAAGUGCUAGUUUUGAGAAAAAUAAACCGCAUGUUUUGGUCACCAGACUUAAAGAUGCAGAUCUGUAAAAUCAUAUCACCAAUCAUCAACUUCAUUCCUUAUUUAUCAUUAUAGGAUAUAUAUCAUUUCCCAUGCUAAAACAGUGUUUGCAAGCAUUUGUUGACGAAACGUAUGUCAUCUGGUGACAGUAAAUGUUUUUCUGACCACCCAAAAAAAUCCUAAUGUCAAAGGUCUCAGGUCAUUUCAAGGUAUUUUUCUGACAUCUGGCCCCUCUGGUACUCUAAAGAGGGAUAAAACAAAUUGAAUGAUUUAUUUGCAAAUACAUCUUUCAACCUGGAGCUGCUGGUCUCACCUGUGAUUUUUAGGGAGUCCCCCCACAUGUUUCCUGUGAGUGUGUGUUUGUGUGUGUGUGUGUGUGUGUGUGUGUGUGUGUGUUUUAUCCCUCUUGCAUGCGCGCACUAAUGGCGGGGCCAUGGCGCAUGCACCUCACUGUGUUUGCAGGGCAGCGCAGCAUCCGUCACGAUGACCUGCUCUCUCUGUUAGUAAUGACUGCGUUUGUUUCCAGGUGAUUGUGUCUAAUUCUUGGUGUUUGUUUGAACGUCUGUCUAGCAACAUAUAGGUGGAGUAUACCCGUGUUCCAGUAGCUGACAUAUCGUCCUCUGACUAGCAAACUCCACCCAUCUGGUAUUGAAACUAGAAUAAAACAAUCACCAACUAUUAUAUGCAAACACUGGCUCUUAUUCAUACUGUAUUACUGUACAUGCAGGUCUGAAUAAAUACUACUGAAUGUGUCAAAAACAGACCGAAGGCAGGGGACACCACAGGCUGAAAGUGCUUUGAUGUAAUGAGAUUAUAAGUCAUGUGAUAAUAAGUGUUGUAUUUUAGUAAAGCAAAACAAGAAAAGGACUGCAUAUGUGAGACAUUCCCCUUGUCAUUUGAUUAACCUCCAUUUUGUAUAAGGGUUCUGGUCAAGUAAUGUGUGCUAUACUUGAAGAAUGAGGCUUUUUUUUUUUUUAACUUGUCUGCACAAUAUCAACCCCUGAGAAAACCUUAACAAGAGUGUAUCCCCUUUCAAGAUGUCUUAAUUCACCCAUUUUAAAAGUAAUACUUCAGUUUCUAUUGCAUAGCACACAGCUAAGUAUCCCUGUACAUAAAGAGGCUAGUUUGUUUAUUUUAUUUUUCUGUCAAAAAUCACUUGGAAAGAGAAGACUUCUGCUUCUCCUACUGGUAGUUCCAACAAGCACAUCUUUUGUAUCGCUAAGUGUUUUGAUUACCUAGAUGGUUCAUAAAAAAGGAAACUAGAUCUAUUUAUCUAAACAUGAAAAAAGUCUAAAGUUAUUUAAUGUAUUAAAAAUCGGGACGUAUCAUUUAACUGUAGAUGACAUAAUCUGCUUUUUCAAUAAAGUGGUUUUGUAGCUAACUGCAAAAAACA